UUUUAAAAUUCUUUUAAUUCUAUUUUUUCCGAAUGUCAGCGCUCUCGCAAAUUAACGAAAUGGGCAAUUUCCCGCCAGUUGCGGCCUGCUUUACACUUGAAAAGUCCCAGUUGUCCACAUGGCGUUCUGAGUUCUUCACGCUGCCAAUUAACCGACUGGCCCAAAAUGUUUGUACCGCGCGUGAUCCGAUCAGCGCUUGUAUGAGGCAGGACCAGAAGGCGUCAACAAUACCCGGCAAGGAACACUUUGAGGUGAAUAAGCUGGCAAAGUCGACGGUUGGCGGCCCAAAAUGGAUCUGUGCUGGCCUCGAUCUGCUGCGUCUAUCCAUGCGCAAGGAUUGCGAACUCUCCGCCCCUUAUCUGUUCUACUGGCACAAGCUGGAGCGCUGUAAUUAUUUUCUCCAUACUGUGAUAGAGCUCCUGGCACGUUGUGAGCCAGUAGAUGGGCGCACCUUUAGGUACUUGAUGAAGCACACGGUGCCCGAUGGCGGGAAUUGGCAGAUGUUUGUGAAUCUCAUCCAGAAGUAUGGUGUUAUGCCCAAGCAAUUCUAUCUGGCAAGCUGGUCGUCAACUCGAUCGCUGCAUCUUAAUAAGAUGCUUAGGAGCAAGCUGCACGAGUUUAGCUGCCGACUGCAUGCGCAAUUUACAUUUGAUGGGGAUGGCCAUAUGCUGCGAUUAAUGAUGGAACCCAUGAUUGAAGAGCUUUACAAAAUAAUUAGCAUUUGCUUGGGAACGCCGCCAGUAAACUUUACGUGGAGCUUAAAAGAUGAAGACCAGAAGCUAAUUUAUACACCUCUGAGCUUUUACAAGGCCAUGAUAGAGCCUUAUUUUUCACGCGAUGCGCAGGUUUGCUUGGGCCACGAUCCCCGCCUCAGCUCCAUCUAUUACCGCAACUAUCACAUCGCAAACAGCUCCAAUAUGAUUGAUGGACUACGCCAAAGCUACAACAACCAACCAAUGGAGAUCCUGCUGGAUAUCAUCGUAAAUUCUCUGGCAGCUGGCUCAGCUGUGUGGCUGGCCUGCGAUCUGCCAGUUUUGUUUAACACCAAGUCGGAUGUGCUCAGCCUGAAAAUGUACCACUUUGAUCAGGUUUUCGGCAUGCCCGUGGGCACGGCACUUGACAAAGCCGAUCGUAUGCUCUACAAGGCGACGCGACGCAAUACAGCGCUAUUGCUGACAGAGGUCACAUUGGAUGCAGUGCGGCAGCCGUUGCAAUUUAGCACAAUGCGAAAGGCAACAGAAACGACAACCACCAAAAAGACGGAGUCCACAGAUAGCCUGCACCUGCCGGAGGCUGUCGAGGCUGACGCUGAUGCCAAACAGGAUGCAGUCAAGCGCAAAGUGGCCAGCGACAAGGCUACCGUCUUGAACGUCGAUUGGCUGCGGGAGUAUGCCUUCGAGAUAGUUGUCGACUCCCGUUAUGUGCCGCCAGGCGUGAUGCACGCGCUUCAAACUCAGCCCAGCGUGGAACUGCCCGUUUGGGACCCCAUGGGCGCGCUCCUCAGUUGAUGGCUGAUGAGUCCCCAGGUAGUUGUUCAGGGCUGGCAUACUGUCCAAUACACUAAAUCAGCUGUCAUCAAUUUUAAAUUAUGGCAAGGAACUGCUUCGGCUUGGCCCAAACCAAAUUCAUUGGUAUUAAAUGCGUUUCAAGACAUUUAUAGAAAAUUGUAAUAAGUUUUUAAAUAUUAAAUGAUGUAUGAUGAAGCCAAACGGUAUAUUGUAAAAUUUUAAAUAAUAAUACAAUUUUAAUAUUA